UGACGUCAUGACGCACAAGGAAGACACCCGUGGCAGGCUCCACUUGUGUCCGAUCUUUCGACCGCACUUUAAAGAGUAGCGAUGCCUGUGGAGAGCGUGCCUUUCCGGGGCCAUGCGGGCGUCCAUUCCCGUCUGCUCCAGCAGUACCUGAUCCUCCUGAAGAAAUACCCGAUCCUCACCAAAUCCCUGUCCAGUGGCCUUCUUUCUGCAUUAGGAAAUCUGCUGUCACAGAUCCUAGAGGCAAGAAAAAAGGCCAAAAUUGGAACCCCAGCUAAUGAGAUAAAUGUCGCUGGAGCUGCAAGAUAUGCUGUUUUUGGGAUACUUAUUACAGGACCAGUGAGCCAUUUCGUUUACCAGCUGAUGGAGUUGUGGAUGCCCACCACAGAUCCCUUUUGUAUAGUCAAGCGGCUGCUCCUGGACCGCUUCAUAUUUGCACCAGGAUUUCUGCUUCUCUUUUACUUUGUUAUGAACAUCCUGGAAGCUAAAGGAUGGGAGGAUUUUGAGAAAAAGAUGAGAAGCAGUUACUGGACUGCUCUAAAGAUGAACUGGAAAGUCUGGACCCCAUUUCAAUUCAUAAACAUCAACUUUGUACCUGUUCAGUUCCGUGUGCUGUUUGCGAACUUCAUCGCUUUGUUUUGGUAUGCCUACCUUGCAUCUAUAAGAAAAUGAGAAGCACCUGAGAUUUCUGCUUAUGGUGAUUCCAGAGAGGACUGCAAAAAUACACCCAGCUUUCAAAUAUGUUACAACUUUGUGCUGUUUUUGAGAAAGGGCUUUUAACACAUUUUGCUGCAACAGUUGUCAACAUUUUUUGUGGAAAAA